CAACUGUCAUUUCAUUUGUUGAAAGUCAGCGAUGGGUAACUAUGCGUUAAUGUGUUUGACGGACAUACAUUCCGGCAAUAGUACAAGCGAUGUUGCCGUGAAACUGGCAGUAUUAACUUAAUAGGCCAAUAUCUUUCUCUUUAGUAUUUGUGUUCAUGGUUUCCGUAGCUAAGAUGUACAUAAGUCAACUAACGUUAUGCUAACGUUACUUAUUCCAUGGAUGCUCUAUCUAACGUUAAAGCAGGAGCUGCAUAAUAAUACCCCGCUAAUCUCCUUCUGCAAUGGUUGUCGAGGUAGAAAGCUUCUUUGGUGUGUACAUGUUGUACUGCACCAAUCCCAAAUUCAAAGGCCGUAUUUACAUCGGCUUCACGGUGAACCCUGAGCGCAGGAUUGGACAACACAACGCCGGACGGCACAGAGGGGGAGCCAAGAGGACCAGUGGAAGAGGACCAUGGGAGAUGGUCCUCAUAAUACAUGGCUUUCCCUCGGAUAUUGCUGCCCUUCGUUUUGAGUGGGCGUGGCAGCACCCUCACUCCUCCAGGCGUCUCUCCCACAUCUCCCGGCGCUCCAGGAAAGAGUCCAGUCUGCAGUUUCACUGGCGCAUCGUCUCCAACAUGCUGCGGGCGGCGCCAUGGAACAGACUGCCGCUGACGGCCCGCUGGCUCAAACAGGAGUACAGGAUGGACUUUGAGCCCGGCCUGCAGCCACCGCUGCACAUCCCUAUAGCUUUUGGGAGUGUGAGAGCCAAGAAGAAGCUGCAGUUGGCAGGAGAGGAGGAGGAUGAGGAGGAGACAUCCAGAUGUUUUCUCUGUAAAGUGCUGGUCAAGGUGUCAGAGAAGCUGAGCUGUUUCCACCCGUCCUGUGGAAUGAGCAGUCAUGUGAUCUGCCUCGCCAAACAUUUCCUGAAGUCGGAGCCGUCCCACCUCCUGCCUGUGGAGGGUGAAUGUCCGGCCUGCCGUCGCUCUGUGCUGUGGGGGAGUCUCAUCCGUCAUAAACACCGCUGCUUCGGAGACCUGGAGGAGUUUGCACCGGCUGCGUCCCAGAGCCACUGGGCAGAUGAGCUGCAGAUAUGAGGGAACGGAACCUGCAAACCUUUAUUUCCUUGUUGAAUGACCUGCAAUGUCAUAGAGAAUCAUGUAGAUUAUGUGUAAUGGAUGUGCCUUUUCAAACUGAGCAGGAAUCUACAGUGACUUCAUAAAAGCUGUCCAGCAGGGACGUGCACAGAUCCAACCUCUCUUCCAUUUUAGUCAUUUUGUUCACGAAGUAUCAUGUAUGUUUAAAAUAUUCCAUUUCUGUGGGGAACACACUUUUGAUGUGUGUGUUACAAAUAAAGUGAGGUUUUUCUACAGAGUGCAUGAAGCCUCCUUUUCUGUCACUAAUACAGUGGUGAUAGUUGAAUGCACAGUUAUAUAAUUCUAAUAAACACAUGUCAUAGGUAGGAAGAGCUCAGGUGUGACUAAUGAAGGCUGCAUUCUUAUCAGCUGUUCAGGUCCGGGGUCCUGGUGUUGUUCAUGUUGGCUUAUUGUCAUUAGUGACAGGAUUACACACAUUUAACUCCAUCAUACAUCUAUAAUUAAUGGUAUUACUGUGUGCUUUUUCCUGCUAUGACAAGUCAUUAUAUUAUAAAGUCUUGAACAAAACAAAUAUUAGUUUUCAGGUAAAAACUUGGAUAAUCAGUUAACAUUCAGUAAUUCCUCAGGUAAUAACAGCAAACCAACUGGUUACAAAGUUAAUUAUAUAAAUAUGUUUUUUGUUAUAUAUUUUUUAAUAUUUUGACUAUUGGUCAGACACAAAGAAAUAACAAUAAAAGAGCUUUUGUAUGACAGGAAUUUGGUGAUCUUUAUUAUAUUUAUAUUUUUAAACAAAGCAAAAAAUAAAAGCUGAAUCAUUAAACUAAUCAUUGAUAGUAUUCCUGGCAGGGUGGUAAAUGGAGGACAGACCAUCGUAAUCAUUUAUGCAUACUAAGAAAUAUUACAACUUAAAGAUGCCAGUAAAAAGACAGAUCAUAUGAAGGGACAAUAAUAAAGUUUUCCCAAUGUACAUGGAAAUGUCCAAGAAUUAGGGAAUUUUGGGAAGAAAAUUGGACCAGUAGUGGAGGAGAUUGUAUCCAUCCAAAUAGCUGUGGAACCUUUUAUUGUUUUGUUCUCAACAUUUAUUUGGAGGGACUAUAAAACACGAGAACAGAUCUACAUACAUACUCAAAGACAAACAAAAAAUGGGUUCAUAGUAUCUGGUUUCGAUUUAUGAAUGAUCUUAGGAACAAAGACUUAUUGUCACAGUUCUUCCUCCAUACUGUCAGUAGUUCCAUACUCCCUGUCACUCUGUUUCACUCACCUA